CCAAAUUACAGCCGUAUAACUGCUGUAGCCAGUAACCAUAACACAACGUAAAUACUGUGUUUAACUCUCAGGGGAAGUAAAACAAGGGACUCUGUAUGUUCUCUGAUUUAACAGACCUCUCUCUGCAUGGUGAUGAAAAAAAAAAGAGGGAGGGGAGGAAAAGAUUUUGAUCACAUGGCCACGAAGUCAUUUUGAAAGUAUGCUGACGGGGUAUUGAAAUAUAAAAAGUCCUUUACAGUGAGCAUCGUUUUUAGAGCUUUGAGUCAAUCAGCAGCGUCGGGCUGGUGGAUACAAAACAGAAGACGAGCGGGUGACGAAAGCAAAAAAUGUCUACUGAAAGCCUGAACUCGACCGAGAGUUCACCUCUAUUUUCUGACAGUUCCACGAUCAUGAACACCACCACCACCACCACCAUCACAGGCAUCUCUAAUUCAACAUUCUUUAUGACCGAAGAUGAAAUUGCAGCCAAUGACCUAACCUCCAGAGCUAACUAUGUCUACAGUUUCUUGGCUGUGUUGGGCUUCAUCGCCAGCUUCUUCCUGCUCUACAGCUUCAUCCACACCUACAGAGCCCAAAGAAGCCCAGCCUGGCUCGACUGCCUGCUCUGGGCCUUUUGUGGCUUCCAGCUGCUGCUCAUGCUCCUCUCUCUCCACGCGGUGGCCUACAGACCUAAGUACCUCUGGACCACAGGUUUGGGCUGUGCUGCUCUCUCCUUCACGAUCAACACAGCGUCUCUGUGCGGCCUGUUGGUCUUAGUGCUCAUGGCUUAUGUGCUGACUCUGGAUCCACCAUCCCACACCCUGCUGAGGAAGCCUGGGGUCUGUGGGACUCUGGUGAUCCUGACUUCUGUUCUGAUUUCUCUGCUGCUGGCUGGGCUUCGUGGACCCAGAGAUGGUCUACAGAAAACGAGCGAGUGUUUUAUGGAUCUAGUCAGUGAUGGUGCUUCGUAUGCAGCUGCUAGGUUGUGUCUGGCUGUUUUGAUUCCCUACGUCCUCCAAGCGGGACUUCUAAUAGGUGGCUGCGUCCGGCAGUGGAAAUCUAAAGGACGUUUCCUCUCUGGCUCCGAGGAGGGUCCUGUGUUCCUGACAGUCACCAUGGUUGUGUUCUUCUGCCAGCUCUUCUACAGUGUGGCACUAGUGAGAGGAGCACAGCCAGAGAGGAAGGGGCAUCGAGAGCGAGCAUUCAUCAGUGUGGCAGAGUUUGUACUGUUCUCGGGGAGCAGCGCCAGCCUGCUGCUGGUGCUGUUCAUGCACAGGCCGUGUCGAGAGAGUCUCCACGGAGUGUUUAGGCAGCUGAGGGACUGCUGUCGAAGCCGAGGGCGCACGCAGCCCAACAGAAACAUCAUAGCUCCCCACAUUGAGAUCACAGACACCCUGCAGGACAUAGAGUCAUAAAGGACAAACGCUCUCUCAUCUAUGCGAACAGGACUCUAUUGAUUCAUCAAAUUAAAGACUUUUGACAUCUGAUGUAUUAGACGUAUUCUUAUUAACUUUAAUGCUUUUGCUAUUUCUUUUUCACUUAUGAGUGACAAUGUUACUGUUUUUACAUACAUGCAAUUCCCUUUUUAGUGUCUCUAGUGACUGAAAGUUUGCUUAACUAUUUUUCAUUUAAUUUUUGGGUAAAAAUUGCUCUACAUUGUGCAACAUGUUACUGUUACUAUAAUAACAAUGUUAUUAUUAAUAAUAAUGUUCAUAUAGUUUUUAUAAAUAAACCAUGAACAAGACAAUUUAAAAAAGGACUUCCUGACAGUAGAAAGUGCAAUUUUAUACAUCUUGAACCUGCUCUUUGCCCGCCCCGCUUUUCUUGGAAAACUGAUUUGCAUUAACAUGUUUUACACAAAAGCCUGUUUGGAAAAAAUGCCUGAAAAAAACUCUGCCAUUCCCAGAAUGCCACACAGGAAACAAGUCAGAUUCUAAGUUUAGGCCAACAGUGUCAAUAUUCUUAUGUCAUUAUAUUUAAAGCCGUUCAAGAACCAAUACAAGCCAGACAAGUCAACUCAUUUCAAGAAACUGAUGGGCACCAGUUCCAGGAAUAACCAACCUGCAUGGAUCACAUAUUGCAUCGGUGCCAACAGAAAGUGGCACAAAACCAGGGACCAGCAGGAAAAUGUAUACAGGAGCCGGGUUGUCAUGUGAAAUGUGCAAAAUCAUAGUGGCAAUGCUUUAAGUCACAGAUAUAUGUCACAGAAUAAUUCAAUGCAAAGCAUUACAGAACAUGCUAAAUCAUCUAUAGUCUCAAACAGGUGCCUACAAACCAAAACCAAAAAGCGAAAGUGCAGCUAAAUAAACAAGUAAGACUCCCCACCUGUCCUCUAUCUUGUUUUGUGUAAAUAUACUGUUCACUCUGUCUUUGCUAAAAGGCCGCGGACUCCCAUAUUUAUAUAUUUUAACAUUCUACAAUCAAAGCCAGCUUCGACAAGUUGACUCAGUGUCCCAGUUUGACAAUAAUUAUACAUGGAAUAGAUAAUUUCAUGUAAAAAUAUACAGAUGAUGAUCAAUAUGACUACUAAGCAUGUUGCUAAUAAAGUGAA